CUCUUGGAAGUGGCAGGCAGCCUCUUGUGCGUGUUAAGGGUCCAUUGCAGGGCAAUGAAGAAGUCAAAACACUUUUCUAUCCUGCGCUUAAAUCGCAAAUUCUUUGUACAGAGUGGGACUCCAGCGCAAGCAAGAUAAAGUCGCUUUUUUAAUCUUCUCUUUCUGCUCUUCUGCAUCUUUGCGAGUUGUUUCAUUAUUGUUAUAUUAUUUUAACUGUUUUUCUAACAAAACAUGCAAACAACAAUCGUCGGCCAGCCAACUGACGCACUAACCAGGAAUCAGUUUUCCGGACCAUAUGUCUGGGGCCAAAUGAAUCAAUUCAAAACCAUGGUCGGCUUUAGCAUGAGGCGCGUUAUUUUGUGUGGGAGAGAAGACUCGCACACACGGCCGAAGUGGAAAAUAAUAAAACAAUCAGCCCGGCGCGUGCGGCCAAAAAACGAUCGUUGUGGAGAAAGAGAGAUGGAAAAGAGAGAUAUUGUAAAAUUCAGGCUGGAAUAUGUAAGAAUGGGCAGCUGAAGCGGGAGCGGCUGGAAGGGCAGCUGCCGAGGAGCCCUGAAAAAUGGCCAAAUGCAGCCGCGAUGAUCUGCAGCGCGCGCUAAUUACUGAUUAUAGUACGGCGGCGGCGGGUAGAAAAAAACCGUCUCUCUUUCUCUCUCCUCCUCGCGCCGAUCUCUCGGCAGGUGAUACUUUAUUAUGUAUUUUGUUAUGCGGGCCCAAGGAGCAGCCAGCAAUGAAAAUGAUCGCCGGGCCGCUUAUUUUAUCGGUGGCACGCGCCAAACCACCUCAAUGUUGAUCAGGCACUCGCACGUGAAACACACGCACAGCCCAAGUCAUGGAUUAAGGGCUUUGGAGCAAAGUUGUCUAAAAAUCCAGAAAUCACAUAUUUGAGGUUCAAAGAUGUCUCCGCCACCAGUGGACUACCUGAAGUGCCUGUUCCCACCUUGCGACGACGAACAGCCUACAGGUGCUUUUCCCUCCGAUCGAAAUUGUCGCGCAACAACAAAACAGCUCCCAUCAUCCUCUAGGGCCGUCCGCGGACAACGCAUUAAGAAGGGUGGCUACCGACACGUGCCACACAAGGACAAGCCGCCCCAGAUGGUGGCUAGGAGGAACGCCAGGGAGCGCAGAAGGGUUCAGGCCGUCAACACUGCCUUUUACCGGCUGCGACAGGCAGUACCUGGCGACACGGCUGCUUCAAGAGGGAAGAGAGUGAGCAAAGUAAAAACCCUGCAGCGUGCAAUCGACUACAUCUACAUACUGCAGGACAUGCUAGAGUCGGCCAAUGAAACAACCGCGCCAACCAGUCAGAAUUAUACUCCAAACUCAAGUUUGCACGACUCUCUUGCAAGUGACGGCGCCUCCCUGUCGUCAGGUAACGUGUCCUCCAGUACCGCCUGCUGUUGGGGCGACUGCAACAAUUGCUCCAACUGCACCAACAAUAUGUCAGCCUACGCAACCUCACAAGCAGUCCUCAUCGAAAACUACCAGUACUGAUUUUUUACGCAUUUAUUUAUCUCAUUUUUUUAAGCAGCUCCUCUCAGUCAGGAUCUCCAAUGUAAAAUUAAGUCCUCAGUAGCUCAAAGAAAGUUGCUAGUCAUUAAAUUUUUCGGGUGUUUUGCACCUGCUUCCUUCAUUGCUCUCUUUUUACAACACUGUAUUCCUAAUGAGCCAAAAGUUCAGUGUUUUUGCACACUUUUAGGUUAAUUUUACUGCACUUCAUUGUAAUUAGUGUUUAAAGCAUAAUUCCAAAUAAAAUUUUAUAAAUUAAAAGCUCCAAUUAUUGUUUUAUUAAAAAAAAAAUAUUGUAAAACUAGAUUGAAAGGAAACUGAGAUUUCCACUACAAGU